ACAGUGGGACCACAACCGCACCCCAUUUGCAGUGCAUCUUCUGCUGAAGACCAGGCCUCUCCCACUCAGCAGUCACCAUGACCACCUUCUCCAGCCGCAGCAGCACCUUCUCCAGCCGAGGCGCCGGGUGGAGCUCUGGAGCUUCCGUGGGGGACUCCUUCUCCAGCAUGGGUGGGUCCCGGAUGUCUCGCAGUGUGUACGGAGGAGGCGCUGGUCAGGGCAUUCGAAUGUCCUAUGCCGCCUCCUCCUCCUCUGCCGGCGGGGGCCGAUUCGGCUCCACGGGCGGGGGCUUUGGGUUCGGUGGCAGUGGUGCUGGAGGAGGAACGAGCUUCGGUGGCUUCUCCAUGAACGGCGGAGCUGGCGGAGGGGAGUCCAUUCCGGUGAGCGAGAAGGCCACCAUGCAGAACCUGAACACCCGUCUGGCCACGUACCUGGAGAAGGUCGCCACCCUGGAGAAGGCGAACGCCAAGCUGGAACUGCAAAUCAAGGAGUGGGGGCUGAGCCAUGUCAAGGUGGACCCCAAGGACCUCAGCUCCCACCAGGCAGCAAUCGCCGAGCUCCGCUCUGAGUUCUUGACAGCCAGCACUGCAAUGACCGGGUUGGCACUACAGGUGGAAAACACCAAACUGACUGCUGACGACUUCAGAAUGAAGUAUGAGAACGAGCUGGCCAUGCGCCAGUCUGUGGAGGCUGACAUCGGGGGGCUGAAGAGGAUUCUCAAUGAGAUGUCUCUAUCCAAGAGUGACCUGGAGAUGCAGUUGGAGGACCUGAAGGAGGAAAAGGCCUAUAUCCAGAAGAACCAUGAGGAGGAGACCGUGUCAUUCCGUGCCCAGAUGAGCGGCCAGGUGCAGGUGGAGGUAGACGCUGCCCCAACCCAAGACCUGAACGCCGUCAUCUCUGAGAUCCGAGAGCAGUACGAAGCCAUCGUGGCAAAGAGCCGAAGGGAGGCGGAGGCCUGGUUCAACAACAAGGCUGAGGUUGUUCAGCAGGAGGUGAGCUCCAGUACAGAGGUCCUGCAGACCACCAGUGUGGAGCUGAAGAGCAGCCAGUCCACCUCCAGAAGCCUGGAACAGGAGCUCCAGUCACUCCAGUCUAUGAAGGCCUCUCUGGAAGGAAACCUGGCGGAGAUAGAAGCCCGCUACGGAUCUAUGAUGAUCAGUCUGCAGACAUCAGUGACGGGCCUGGAAAGCCAGUUGACCCAGAUCAGGGCCGACACGGAGCGCAGCUCUAAGGAGUACCAGGCCCUGCUGGACAUCAAGAACCGUCUGGAGAUGGAGAUUGGGGAGUACCGCAGGCUGCUGGAAGGAGGAGACACCGGAUUUGCAGUAACCAACACAAUAGUUGGCCAGUCCAAUCUCAGUUCAGUUAAAACCGAGAGCUCAGGUGGAGUUUCCAGCCCAGUUAAAAUAGUGACGGUGAUUGAGGAGCUGGUGGAUGGCAAAGUGGUCAGCUCUUCUUCCUCCACCAAAUAGGUGUCAGAAUUUCAACACUGUUUAAACACCAGCUAUUGGGGACGGUUCAGCAUUCAUUGGUUGAAUCUCAAAAAUAAAAGUGUGUGUGAUUUAAAUCUGUCUUAAUUUGCCUUAUAAACAAAAAGGUUUCUAAGA